GUAAGUAUAGUAAAUUACAUUUACAGUCGCGAAUUUGUUUUGUAAUUAAUGUUAUAACUUUCACACAACGCUUUAUAUAAGGCAUUUUCUUUAUUGUUAUAUUACAUUGCUGAAACACGAUGCCUGAGAUAGCGGAAAGGGUUCCAGAAAAUGGUUCAGGUUAUGAUGUAGAUAGAAAUGAAAAUAGUAUGGACAGUACAGUGGGUUCAGAUUCGGAUAAAUUAAAAAAAAAGAAAAAGCGAGGAAUAAUUUAUCUAUCUACAAUCCCUCCGUACAUGAAUGUUGCCAAAAUACGAGAAAUUUUUAGUGAGUUUGGUGAAAUAGGAAGGAUUUACUUACAAUCAAGUGCAAAACCUGGAGAAAAACGAAAACGUGUACCUAAUCAGUUUACGGAGGGCUGGGUGGAAUUUAAGAAGAAAAAAAUCGCCAAAAGUGUUGCCGCUAGUUUAAAUAAUACGCAAAUAGGAACUAGGAAGAAAUCACGGUAUUAUGAUAUGAUAUGGAACAUCAAGUAUAUUCCUAGAUUCAAGUGGGUUCAUUUAAGUGAAAGGCUAGCUUAUGAGAAGGCAGCUAUGAAACAGAGGCUCAGGGCUGAAAUAUCUCAAGCUAAGAGGGAAGCUCACUAUCUGCAAAGCAAUGUAGAAAAGAGUAAAAAGAUAAAAAAUAAAAAGUCUGGUGCUAAUAACUCUUGACUCAUAACUGAA